UCCUGGCAGGUAUGAGCUUCAUUACCAGAUGAUUACAUUUGGAAAGGUCUUCUGUACCAAAAGCAAACCAAAUUGUAACUCAUGUCCUAUGAGAGGAGAAUGCAGACACUUCGCCAGUGCAUUUGCAAGUGCAAGGCUUUCGCUCCCGGGGCCAGAAGAGAAGAGUAUUGUGAGCAGAGACGAGAACACUAUACCUCAUCAAAACCUCACCAUGGCAACUGAUCAGAAGUUCCUGCCUCUGCCCCAAGUAACUGAACAAUCAGAAGGACAGCAAAACUCAGAAGCAAAUAUACAAGCAGAAGAAAAACAUGGAGUCAGUAACUAUGAACCAAUUAUUGAAGAACCAGCAACACCAGAACCGGAGCACAUACAAACAUUAGAAAAUGACAUGGAGGAUGCAUUCUAUGAUGAUCCUGAUGAAAUCCCCACAAUCAAGCUUAACAUGGAGGAGUUUACUCAGAAUUUACAGAAUUAUAUGCAAGAAAAUAUGGAACUUCAAGAAGGUGACGUGUCAAAAGCUUUAGUUGCCUUAACUGCUGAAGCUGCAUCUAUUCCUAUGCCCAAACUUAAGAAUAUUAGUCGGUUACGGACAGAACACAAUGUCUAUGAACUUCCAGAUUCACACCCUCUUCUGAAAGGGGUUAGUCGCUUCAAUAUCUUUUAGAACCAGAAUAUUCAAUAUUUCUCUAUAC